AAGUAACGAAGUCAAAAAUGUAUGUAAAAUCCACGAAAUCCGGGAUAGCUGAAUACCCGGCUCGUGGGGUAGCUGGCCACCGUGACCCUGGCUGAAUUGUUGAUCAACACAUACGCACACACACACCUUUGUCUGUCAAUCUCUCCUCUUUCUGAAUGUUGUUGUUUAUCCGAAGGACCAAGGGGCGCACGUGGCUUGGAAUAUUAGACAAAAAAAAACCAGGACAAAUCGAAUACCUGAUUGAUUCGUUGAUAUGUCCUUCUUGCGAAGUACCCGUAACUCCGCUGGAGCCGGCCGCGACACGCGCAAGCGGAAAACCACGACGCCCGGGGAAAAGUCGGGAGGCGGCGUGUCAGGCUUGUUAGCCCGUGGGCGGGGGCGAGGGCGAGGACGAGGGCGUGGCGGUCGCGCCGCUCCGGAAUCGUCUGAAAUGGCCGGUUGGUCAGAUCAUGACGAGAUCUUGAGCGACGCUUCAGACGUGGAAGGUCGUCCUGAUGCGGGUUACGAAAGCGAUGAGAAUGAUCCUGACAAGUUGGAAACGCCCGAAGCCAAGCGACUCCGAUUGGCCCAAGCCUAUCUGGCCGAGAUCGAGCGCGAAGAACGAGAACGGGCCCAAGAUGAUGCCAGUUUGCGGCAAGCCGUCAAUCUACGCCUUCGGGACGACAACCUCGAGGAGGCGGGUAAACUGAAACGAGCCGUGGCCGAUCGUUAUGAGCCCGUGCCCACCCAAUGCAUCCGUCGUCUCAAGGACAAGAAUCACAAACUCGCCAUCACCUGUCUCACCGUGUCCACCGACGGGCGGUUCAUCUUUUCGGCGUCCAAAGACGCCAGCCUGAUCAAAUGGGAUCUGGCCACCGGGGAAAAGCUCUUCAAGACUCCGGGGGGACGUCGAGGCCAAGCUGCCCGACAUAAAGGCCAUUGCGCUUGCAUCAAUGCCAUGGCCAUCUCGACCGAUGGGAAAUUCUUGGCCACCGGCGAUAGUUCGAAAGUAUUGCAUAUCUGGAAUCCAGAUACUUUUGAAAUCCUCAAGACUUUCCAAGGCCAUCGCGACGCCAUUUCUGGCCUCGCCUUUCGACGAAAAACGCACACGCUCUACAGUUCAUCCUUGGAUCGGGCUGUCAAAAUAUGGAACCUGGAUGAAAUGGCUUACGUCGAGACUUUAUUCGGCCAUCAAGACAAAAUCACGGCCGUCGAUGCAGGAUUGCGCGAACGAGCCAUCACGAGUGGUGGUCGCGACGGAUCCGUUCGCGUAUGGAAAAUCAUCGAGGAAUCCCAAUUGGUUUUCAAUGGUCCGGCCACCUCCACUGAUGCCGUCAAACUGAUCAAUGAGGACCAUUUUGUCACCGCUGGAGAAGACGGUCAUCUGGCGCUCUGGACUGUGAUGAAGAAAAAGCCUCUCUGCUCCAUUUCCCAUGCUCAUGGAUUGGAUCUCACUAAUGGAGAGCCCAACUGGAUCUCAGCUAUCGCUACUCUGCCCAUGACUGACCUGAUCGCUUCCGGUUCUUGUGACGGGUUCAUCCGACUUUGGAAAUGCGCCAAUGGUUUCCGUCAAUUGCAGCAAAUUCAAUUGAUCCCCAUGGAUGGCUUUGUGAACGCCUUAUCCUUCACCUUAGAUGGAAAGACUUUGGUGGCUGGAAUUGGACAAGAACACCGACUAGGUCGAUGGUGGCGCCUUAAAGAGGCGAAGAACGGAUUGGCAGUGAUUCCUUUAGUGGUCAACGACGACUAGUGGUGAUUCACUUUUUGUUAAUGGAUGUAUCCUCGCUGAAAAUAUAAAGCUAGAACACUG